CCAACCGGUCCUGGCAUAGGGAUCUCCUGUACGUACAUCCAGGCUGAGGCAGCUUGUGCGCACCAAACAACGGCAAUGGAAAACAGCGCGCCGCCGGUGAUCAUCGUUGGGGCGGGGCCGUCGGGGCUGGCGGCGUCGGCCUGCCUGGCGCGGCGCGGGGUGGAUAGCAUCGUACUGGAGCGGGAUGACUGCGUCGGCUCGCUAUGGCAGAAGCGCGCCUACGAUCGUCUCCACCUGCACCUCCCCAAGCAAGCAAGCGCGCUCCCCCACCUGCCGCACGCCGACGACGCGCCGGCCUACCUCCCCCGCGACCACUUCGUCCGCUACCUCGACGCCUACGCCGACCGCUUCGCCGUGCGCGCGCGCCUCCGCCUCCGCCGCGAGGUCCGAUCCGCGCGCUUCAUUGUGGACGAAGGCCGAUGGGAGGUUGACGCCGUCCACCUCGGCACCGGCGACACGGAGCAGUACGUGGCGAGGUACCUGGUGGUGGCCACGGGGGAGUUCGACGAGAAGGUCUUCCCCGUGGUGCCCGGGCUGGACACGUUCCCUGGCGAGGCCAUCCACGCCAGCGAGUACCGGUCCGCCGAGGGGAUGCGGGGAAAGGAGGUGCUCGUCGUCGGCUGCGGCAACUCCGGAAUGGAGAUCGCCCUGGACCUCGCCCAGGCCGGCGCCGCGGCCUCCAUCGUCGUCCGCGGCGAGCUCCACCUCAUGACGAGGGAGAUCAUGAACGCGUCCACGGCGCUGUUCGCCUACCUGCCCGUCUGGAUGAUCGACCGGCUGGCGGUGUUCGCAUGCCGCGUCGUCUUCGGCGACACGGCCAGGCACGGCCUCCGGCGGCCCGACGUAGGGCCCUUCACCAGAAAGAUCCAGAGCAACGUCUACCCAGUCAUCGACGUCGGCACCUACGACAAGAUCAAGAGCGGCCAGAUCCAGGUGCUGCCGGCGAUGACGAACAUCGAAGGGGACGUGGUGGAAUUCUCCGGCGGGGAGCGGCGCCGCUUCGACGCCAUCGUCUUCGCCACCGGGUACCGCAGCAUGGCAAAGAAGUGGCUCAAGAGCGACGACGGCGGGCUGAUCGGUGACGACGGGAUGGCGUCCGGGAGAUCUCCCAAGGGGGGGAACGGGCUGUACCGUGCGGGGCUGGCAGGGAGAGGGAUCUACGGCAGCGGCACAGACGGGGAGUUCAUCGCGGAGGACAUUAGCAGGCUGCUCCGGCAGGGCUCCGGCGACGACGACGGCGAUGGGGUCUAGAGCUUGGUAGUAGACCCCAGGUCAUUGCGUCCCUCGAGGAGAUCUCUCUCAUCGGGCCGGCCCAGCUUGAUGGACCCUUCUAGCGUUUGUGAUCUAGCUAUAUAUAUAUAUAUAUGCUUGGGUGGGUAAAAUAAGUCUUCAGAAAAUGGGUGAUCUAGCACUGGAACCUGUCAAUGUCGAGGUAUCAUCCAAGGUGGCGAGGAAUAAGUGGGUGAUCUAGCUAUAUGUUUGGGUGGGUGAUUAACCAAACCCACUCAUGCCCGUGUUGUGUGCCAUCUCUAGUCUUCGCCGGUUAAUUUUCGUCCCACCAUUUUCGUCCGGUUUUUUUCCGUAAAUUAACUUGGUAGAUUUUUUUUUGUCCCCCUCCGCAUCGCCGCUCGAUCCAACUCCUCCCUCUCCCUCGGUCUCGCCUCUCCUAUGGUUCGCCGCCCGCCGCCGUACCCCGCCGCCCUGCUCCGCUGUUGCCCCUCCCUCUGCCUGCCUCGCCCCUGCUCUAGGGUUCGCCGCCCGCCGGAGCCCCCCGCUGCCCUGCUCCGCUGUUGCCCCUCCCUCCGCCUGCCUCGCCCCCUCCCCUACACUCACCCCUGCCCGAUCUGGAUCUGGAUGAGGCGUUGCCUCCCGUUCCUCUCAUCGCGUCCCUUCUGCCAGCCAUGGAAGAGGGGAGGAAGAAGCUUCUCUGUAGAAUCAGCCGAUCGAGCGGGCUCCUGAUGUUGGCUUGCGAGAAUGCGGCAGAUCUCGUCGAUGCUGCAGGGCCUGGCCCGUUCCAUGUCUCUGGGAAAGGAUAGGAAGGUGGAGGAGGAGCACAAGGGGACGGUGCUGCGGUCGUCGGGGACGCUCUGGGGCGAGGGCUUCGAGACGUUCGCUGCCGCGUGCUGGACGUACAAGCACCAGCACCACUGCUGGCCGUUUCCUCCAUACUGACAGAUCGCCGUGUUGCUAUCCUUGUAUGUUGUAGCCAGGAGGAGAGGUAGGCGCGGUGCCGCUCAUGGCCGUGGCGUCGUGCUUGUGGUAGUGGUGAAUUGGAGAGAACGACCUCCUAUCUAUGCACGUCCAUCUACUGCGGGCUUUCCCUCUUCCAGCAACAUCAUGUCUCAGUUUGCCGCCGCCAUUCAUCCGGAUGGCCCUGGACAUACAUACCAGCACCACACCCUUCCUCCUGUUGCUGGGGACGCAGCUAUCAUCGGUCCUCUGUUGUCUUCCUUUGCAUAGGCUGCACAGACGGGUGUACAAGUUGUUGCUUCUGUUCAUCCACGCGCCAGUGACUCACAUACGUUGCUAGCUUUUGUUACUUGGUCCAUCCCUAGGAAGCAAUAAGAUUACUUCAGUAUGCAUAUACACGUUGCUAGCUACGUGCAGGGUAUCUCAAGUUCACAAAUAUUUAUGAGAUUGUUUUACUAGCUUUUGUUAUUAUUUGGCCCUUCAGUAUGCAGAUUGAUCUCAACAUUCAUAAGAAUCUUCAAAAAAAAAUGGAGAUGAAAAUACUUCAAGUAGUUCUGAGUGGACAUCAUUUGAUAGCAUUUUGUUGUAGCAUCUACAGAAGACCUUUUCAUUUCAUUUUACCGAGAAACGCUGGAGGGUUCAUGUUUUCCUUAUCCAGGACAUUUUGAAGGUUCCUGAUGCAUUCUUACAAGAAGCAACAAUCCAGAGGUAAUUAGUGAAAUGAUAAGAGGGUCAACUAAUGGUGUUCAAUUUUUCCUUCAAGCAAACAGUUUGUACCCAAAUACAAUACUAUUCAGUAUCAUCCUGAAACCAAUAUCUCAAAGAUUCAUUCUUUAUGAAUUCGAGCCUUGGCAAACCACUCCCAUUACAAGGUUCCAUAAACAUGCUGGAUUUGUAUGUCGAUAUUCAAAUUAAUUGGGCAAAAAAUAGAUAUAUUUACUCUGAUGUUUUUACAUAUUUAGGUGAAUAGCAUCCUGUUUUUACUUCAAAUAAUUAACAAAAAAUUAAAGAUCGUGAUUAUGUUGUUUAUUAAAUUCCUCUUGCAUUAUCUUUGAUGAAAAGUAUAUUAUCUGUCAGCAACGAUAUGUUAAUAUGGGCAAAGGAAAGUCAAAAUAUGUUAUCUCAGGCCAAUAUUCUGAAAUUAGUGAAGCCCUAUAGUAUUUACUGGAUUGAUCGCGACACUGCUCAUAUUUUUUGGUACUUUAAUAUCUGAAAAUUUUCUUUUAAUCAUGAGCCGAGGAGAUAAUGGGUUGCAGGCACGCGCCCCGUCCUUCUCUUGUUCAAGGUUUGGCGGAUGCAUUAAGUUUGGAGAGGAAACUAACAUGAAUGACCAGGCGAUCUUUUUCUGACCUUUUUCUCCCUUUCUAAUUACUCCUCUCAUUUCCUCUGUUCUUCUCAGCCAUCUACUUUUCUAUCGCCAUAUCGAUCUCUAAACUCACUUCAUCUUUUUUCUUCCAAUUCAUCCGAUUGUUGUGUUCCAAGCACACAUGUCAUAAAGCAUCACCUCCUGCUUGUUCGAACAUGUUUGAUGUACUUACAUAUUAACAUGUUUGAUGUACUUAUACAUUAACAAAACUGAUCAGUAACAUUCAUGCCGAAUUAUUUGGGUUUGGUCCUCUGCUUUUUUACUGUUUAUUUAUUGAUGAAGAUAGCAGAUGUUCAUGUUUUUAAAUAUAGUUACAUGUGUUUGUACAAAAAAAAUAUAGUUACAUGUGCUUCCAGUUGGUAGAGAUCAAAAAAUUAACUCACUGAUGCAAGGAAAAAGAGCUCUUUUAUAGACACUGCCAGCAGUGGAUACAUGGUGAGCCUUUCUGAAUGUGUUUUAUGAAAUAAGGCUAAUUUAAGGUCAUUUUUUUGUUGGAUAAAAAACAGACAGUUGGUUAUUGGGUUAUUCAUGUUUGUUCUCAAUUUCUCAUGUCGCUCUCUUCUCUGUCCAGGGAUACGGGUGCCAGGACGACACCAUCUUCUGCGCCGUCUGCCUUCCUCUCCUCCAGCGGGAGAGGCCCCUGCCUUCCUCUCCUCCUGCGUGGUGGCAGAUGGCCGCAGUUAACAGCGCUCCUGCGAGCGGGGGACACGAGUGAGGUGCAGACAGUGACCAGGUGUGACGAGACAGCCGCCGGCCAACUGUGGGCGGUUCUUUCACGUGCAGUAGACCGUGCCAUUCUAUGACGAGGAUGUGUUCCAGGAAAUGGAAACAAAUGAAACUGGAUGCUCAUCAUGUAUUUCAUGAAGAAAUUUGCAUGUCUGGGGCAUGUCUCCAUAUAAAAGGCCGAUCUCUGCACAACAGUAGUUUCUUCAGGUUAUGGUGUCCGAUUUUUUUCAUCUCAUUUUGCCAUGCACUAGAUUACAUGGUUAAUACUGUCACUAUGCAAUAACUGGGAAGAUUACGGAGGGAAGGGACAAUAUGUAAGAUGGGGCAAGGAGGCUGGUGUAGAUCUUGCUUCUCAUGACGACUUCAUAUCUGAUGCAACACUUCAGAGUUACUACAAAAGCUUUUUUUAGGAAGCUACUACAAAGCUUUUUUUCGGAAGCUACUACAAAGCUUUUGUUCAGGAAAUAUGUCGAAGCACAGAAUAUAUUCCAUUUGCAGUGAACUAACAGAACAACACAACACAUAAAAAGAGGAGUAUAAGUGGAAACCUUUCUUUAUCUUUAAAUUCUUGAGGACGGUAACAUUAUGAUGAAGGUGGAACCAUAGAGAGAUGUGUAUUUUUAAUUGAGAUAUUUUCAGGAGUACCUUUGCAAAGCUGAUAUAUCUUUCUUUUACAAGAUAUGGUUGCACUUGCUUCAUCUACAUAGGCCGUCUGGAAUGCCAUGAGGCCGGGAUUGGUGUAGGAAAUCUUCAAAGCUAUUAUAUUGGUCUCCAGAAACUUGCAAUACAUCAAUGCAUUUUUAUUUUUAUUUUUUUGCUGACACCACAGCUACCACCUCUUCACUAAAUGACAGAGGUUGCCAGCAACUGCACAUGGAAAGAUUGAAUGUUAUAUUCUGUCUACUAAUCAAUAAGGAGGGAGAUCAAAUUACUGCUCUCAAAUAUUCACCUGAUUGAUUUUGAAAAUAGGGUUAAAAAUGGUGUUAUGAAUGAAGAUGGAUGGGGGUGAGGGCUGGGAGAAAGAUGUUGUAUUGCAAGAAGAAGUUGGUUAAGAAGACUGAUGAUUAUGAGAAUGAA